AAAGGUUCGUAUUAUUAUUAUUAUUAUUAUAUAAAUCGGGGGAAACCCUACAAGAUCAGACCACAAAAAUCCAAUAUUUCCCUUUCUCUCUUCCAAGAGAACGAGAUUCGAGUCUUUUUCCCUUCUCUCCCUAAACAAGUAGUCGGAGUUCGCUGUUCGAUUUCUCGCUCGACAACCAACGCAGCUGCUGCAAGUAUGGCGGCAGAGGCCUCUAGAUCUUCUAGUUCAUCGGCCGAUUCGUACGUCGGGAGUUUGAUUAGCUUGACAUCCAAGAGUGAAAUGCGGUACGAGGGCGUUUUGUACAACAUCAACACUGACGAGUCCAGUAUUGGAUUGCAAAACGUGAGAUCAUUUGGAACGGAAGGACGAAAGAAAGAUGGUCCACAAGUUCCUCCUAGUGACAAGGUUUACGAGUACAUACUGUUCCGCGGAAGUGAUAUCAAGGAUCUACAGGUUAAAUCUAAUCCUCCUGUUCAAACUUCCCCACCCAUAAACAAUGAUCCAGCAAUUAUUCAGUCUCACUAUUCUCGACCUGCUUCUACAUCUACUAGCUACCCUUCUGCAGUUACUGGGUCUUUGACAGAUCUUAGCUCCCAUACUCCACAGCUGGCACAUCCAGGGUCAAGUUUCCAAGGUGGUUUGCCUUUGUAUCAACCUGGGGGGAAUCUAGGGUCCUGGGGACCAUCACCCACUCCUCCUGGUGCUAAUGGCAGUGGAUUACCUAUGCCAAUGUAUUGGCAAGGGUUUUAUGGGCCUCCAAAUGGGCUACCUCAGUUGCACCAGCAAUCUUUGCUUCGGCCGCCACAUGGACUAUCAAUGCCUCCUUCGAUGCAGCCACCAAUGCAGUAUUCUGGAUUCAAUUCCUCCUUGCAACCUGGAACAUCUAACCUACCAGGUUCAAAUUUACCAGAAUAUCCCUCACCUCUGUUUACUGCUAAUCCCAGUACCAAUUUGCUUAACUUGGCAUCUACAUCAUUGCCACCUUCAACUCUGUCAUCUGCCCUGCCUCCAGCGCCAUCUAGUACUCUAGCUCCUGAAACAUUACCUAUUUCCACCCAAAGCAAGGUUCCUAUUGUGGCCCCGCCUACAACAACACUGAGUACUAAUUUGCCUGCACUUUCUACUUUGAUUGCAUCAGCUCCAGAAACAAACGCUGUUUUACUGCCAAUUUCUAACAAGCCCAAUGCCACUUCUGGUCCAACUUUUCCAUAUCAGGCCCUCUCUCAACCCAUGUCCUCUAUUAUUCUAGGGAGUUCCGGUUCAAGUCAGACAGGAACACCAACACGUUCACUUGUUACCCCUGGUCAGUUGUUGCAGUCUGGACUGACUGCAGUUUCAUCAUCUCAGUCUUCACCAACAACGCAGAAGGAUGUGGAGGUUGUUCAAGUGUCUUCAUCAUCUGAAGUGUCAGCACCGGUCCCGACAGAAGCUCAACCACCAUUAUUGCCAUUGCCUCAAACUUCACGUGGUGGCCAAAAGGGGUCCUCAUCCCAUUUCAAUGGAGCUUCCUUUCAAAGUCGUCAGGGGCCUCAGGGCUACUACCGAGGGCGUGAAAGGGGAAGAGGACCCACGAGUUCACGGUCAGUGACCAGAUUUGCUGAGGAUUUUGAUUUUAUGGCAAUGAACGAGAAAUUCAAAAAGGAUGAAGUAUGGGGUCAUCUUGGCAAAAGUAACAGAUCCCAUCUGAAGAACAUAGAAGGAGAUGGGAUUGGCAGCGAUGAAGAUGAUUAUCAAGACGAAGAGAAUGCCGAAUCACCGAAAUGCGAGACUAAACCCAUUUACAAUAAGGAUGACUUUUUUGAUACUCUAUCCUGCAAUGCACUUGAUCAAGCAUCGAAUAAUGGGAGAACUAGGUUUUCUGAGCAAAUGAAGAUAGACACUGAGACAUUUGGUGAGUUUUCAAGAUAUCGAGGCGGCCGAGGUGGGAGGUGGCCUGGCCGUGGUGGUGGUCGUUCUCGAGGCAAUUAUUAUGGAAGGGGUUAUGGCUAUAUGGGGAGGGGACGUGGUCGAGGCAUGUCCACUCGCGCUUGAUAGUGUAUGGUGUUCUCCACCCAGUUUUGGGAGACAAUGAAGCUUUACUUGCCUCCAUGGACGACAAAGAUGAAGGACUUGGGAUUGUGCUUGUAACGCUGUUGAUUGGAAAAUAAUACUAGUAGUUGUGGUCUUAUCUGACAUGUUUUAGUCAUUUCUCUCCUUAGUAGUAAUAAUUUUCUUCUUCCUGUUUCUUGUGAUUUUUCCCUUGCCGGAUAUGAAGCUUGUUGCCAAGAAAUGUCUAUUAAAGUACUUUGUAUUCUGACAAGGUUCUUACAAGCUGAAGAGUGAAGGGAUGGUACCUAUAAAA